CAUCAUUAUACCAUCCCUGACCGUGCACUCCACCCCGGUCCCCUCUCUACAUAUACCCACAUGCUUGUGCGCGUGCAUCCGAGCAGCUCGUUUCAGGGGAAGGGAGGGGAAGAUUGCGCAGCAUUUUGAUUUUUCCUUGGAAUUGUCUUUUGGGCAUUCAAUUCAAUUCAACAUUGUUAUGCGUGUGCACUGAGUAUGAUGUGAAAGGUAGAGGAGACAUGCGCGCCAAGAAUAGGCUACCGAGCAGCGGACACAGCAGCCCUUCCACCCCGUCGUCGCCGUGCGCUCGGUCGCCUCGGGUGAGCCGCUCCGGGAAACCUGGUGGCCGCUUCGCUCCGGGUCAACCUGCCCCGAAAACCUUCGCCCAGCGUGUCUCCUGGAUCUUCCUCUCCGUCCUCCUCCGUCGUCAGGGAAUCUUUCUCUUCGCCCCCUUGCUCUACAUCUCUUGCAUGCUCUUCUACAUGGGAACGGUUUCCUUCGAUACCGUGCCUAUCAUCAAGCACCGUGCUGCGCCUGGGUCCAUCUACCGCAGCCCUCAAUUAUAUAUGAAGCUUCGGCCUGAGAUGGAUUCCGACAAUUCAUCCGCAGAUGCGAUAUCAACAAUAUGGAAGCAUUCCUACAAAGGUGAUGAGUGGAGACCAUGCACAAACAAGUCAUCUGGAGGUUUACCUGAAUCAAAUGGCUAUAUUUAUAUUGAAGCCAAUGGUGGUUUGAAUCAACAAAGAACAUCAAUAUGCAAUGCUGUUGCUGUGGCUGGAUAUCUUAAUGCUACUCUUGUUAUUCCACACUUCCAUUUUCAUAGCAUAUGGAGGGAUCCAAGCAAAUUUGGAGAUAUUUAUGAUGAAGAGUUUUUCGUUAAAAUCCUGGAACAUGAUGUACGGGUAGUGGAUGCAAUUCCUGAUUACAUUAUGGGAAGGUUUGACUACAACAUGAGCAAUGUAUACAACUUCAGGAUAAAAGCAUGGUCUUCCAUUAAUUACUACAAAGACACAGUUUUGCCAAAGCUGCUUGAAGAGAAAAUUAUCAGGAUUUCCCCCUUUGCAAACCGCUUGUCAUUUGAUGCUCCUUCAGCAGUGCAACGGCUUAGGUGCUUGGCGAAUUAUGAAGCCCUUCGCUUUUCAAAUCCCAUUUUAUCUUUGGGUGAAUCACUUGUUGCUAGAAUGAAAGAAAUGAGUAUAAAUAACAGUGGCAAGUAUAUAUCUAUUCACCUUCGCUUUGAAGAGGACAUGGUUGCUUUCUCUUGUUGUAUAUAUGACGGUGGAGACGCAGAGAAAAAAGACAUGGAUGCUGCAAGGGAGAGAGGAUGGAAGGGAAAGUUUACAAAACGUGGUCGAGUUAUACGCCCUGGAGCGAUCAGACUAAAUGGGAAGUGCCCCUUAACACCUUUAGAGGUUGGUUUGAUGUUAAGAGGGAUGGGUUUUGAUAAGGCCACCUCCAUCUAUUUGGCAUCAGGGAAAAUAUACGACUCUGAGAGAUAUAUGAAACCACUAUUGGAAAUGUUUCCUCUUUUACAAACAAAAGAAAUGCUGGCAUCUUCAGAAGAACUGGCUCCAUUUCAGAACUAUUCCUCCAGGAUGGCUGCUAUAGACUACACUGUUUGUCUCCACAGUGAAGUAUUUGUGACCACCCAAGGCGGAAACUUCCCACAUUUUCUGCUAGGCCAUAGAAGAUACUUGUAUGGCGGUCAUUCGAGAACAAUCAGGCCUGACAAGAGGAAGUUAGCACUAAUAUUUGAUAACCCGAACAUUGGGUUGAAGAGCUUCAAGCGUCAGAUGCUAAAUAUGAGAGCUCAUAGUGAUUCAAAAGGGAUUGAGAUCAAAAGACCAAAUGACUCUAUAUAUUCCUUUCCCUGUCCAGAUUGCAUGUGCCGUGUUAAUAAAACAAAAGAUUCAAAAUCGUCUGGGACGUGAUGCCUUCAGGGAAUAUUUUUCUGUUUCUGUAAUAUGUGUGAGCAUGUAGUUACUCUAACCCCUGUGAUUCUUUCAUUUUUUUCCCCCUCUUUCUGUUGGAGAGGAGAGGUCGGCGACUUGGAUAUUGAAGCUUGGUUUCUGAGGCAGAAACUGAUAUUUCAGGGGACAUGUCUUGCUGGGUAACUGCUCUUCCCUGUAUCUGGUAUACCAAAAGAGAGAUGGAAUUGAAGACAAUUUUUGCUUCACGAAGUUGCCCAUGCGUUGAUAAAGUCACUCUCCUGACAGCUGAAAUUUGACAACAGAACAUACCUUUAUCACACUGGUCUUGCUGUGUUGUAAUUUUGUACGUCACUUGUUCAUUAGUACUUGUGUAUUUUUUUUUGAAAGGAUUAGUACUCGUGUAUUAGACAAUAGAAGAAAAACAAACGAGCAGUGUAGGAUUUUCAUUUUUAUAUUCUACAGCAGGCCACGCGGCCCACGCCUCCACGGUCGAGAGAUUGCCAUCUUUGCGAUUUUUCUAAUUUUAAAAAUGUGAUUAUUUCUUAAAAAAGAUGACACCUGAGGGCUGAGACCCCUAGAAUCCAACCAGAGAUAUCUGGAAAGAUGUAAAUUGACCUUUAAUCAUACACUAGUUUGGUUGAAACAAAGUGGAGUUUCAUA